GUCAUUGGCUGGUCUCUGACUCGGGAGGCGUGGCCACGCAAAACGUCCCUCCCACCGGGUAAACCAGCCUGCAAUCACAACCGUCCUCAUCGCAUCGACCGCGCCGUGACGUGAUUCACGGGAGGAAAUCCCCACGGCAGAGAGAGAAAGGUCCCUUUAAAUCGCUUUCUUCCUCCUUGGUGUUGUGCCAAGUUCGGCAGAGAAGCGGCUGAGAGCUCCAAACAACAACAACAGCGGCAGCAGCGGCGGCGGCGGCUCUCAGCUGGACACUUUCCCCGAUUCAGCGCUUUAGCAGGCCUCCACACGUUUCGGCGUUGAGAAGCAUUGCGGAAGUAGCGAGAGUCUCCUCAACGCGACAGCGACACGCUCGGGGCUGUGCUGACACCUAGCGGCCGAACAGGAGAACCGCAGCAUGUACGGAGCUUCAGGAAUCCCCGAGCUGAUCCCGCACAGCGGGCCGCCCCGGCAGCCCGGCCCGGCGGGGCAGUUCAGCCCGGGACACCCGCAGGCGCACGGACACGACGGCGGGGCGAACCCCCAGAGGCUCGGACAGAGAGCUCCGAAACUGGGUCAGAUCGGCCGGUCCAAAAAAGUGGAUCUGGACGACGAAGACCUGGACGACCUCAUGAACAACAACGGCCAGUGCCCCGUCUCCCUGUCGCCCAUCUCCUAACUUCAUCUCUGAGAAGUGCCAGAAACCCGUUCCAGUCAGCGCUCCUGGUCCAAAGUGUCCUCUGGAGCUGCUGAUGGCUCCAACACGGCUCAUUUCGCGCCGCCUGAACGGAGCCCUGCUUGUACAUAGUGUCUAUUUAACUUCGCUCAGACUGUGAAUAAAUGAAUCUCUGUAGGCCGUCGAAGGAUUUCUUUCAAAGCUUCUUUUCUGAUCGGCCGGACGUGUCUGACGAAGGUUACCGAUUCUCUGCUAAUUUGUUGUGUGAAGGAACACGAGGCCCGUUGGGGUGAAAAAUUAAGCUUUUGGUUGUGCAACGACUCGCACAGAUCCGAACGGAGUAGCUAUGAGCGCUCGCUACUUAAACCAGAGGAAAACGACUACUGCAAAUUAUUUAUUGUUCAAAGAAAUCUAUAUUUUUAGCUGUCGUUGUGGCUUCUACUUGUUUUUUACUUUGUCAUCUAAAAGUGAGAUUUAAGACGUGCACUUUGUGGGAAUGCCUGUCAUGUGCUGUGACACGUCGCAGAAACCUAUGCAUGAGGUCUGUGAUUAAAGGGCUAUGUUGUAGUUUUUUGGGGGGUUUUUGCAGGCAGACGGCAAAAUUUUGAUGCACUUUUUCUUUUCUUUUAUGAUUAUAAAUCAAAUUUAUAUCUAAAUAUAUUCUGAUCCGCAUGCGUUGAUGUUUAUGAUUCGUUUUCGUCAUGUUGUCUUUCUGACUCAGACAUGAUGGCAGUAUGAGAUCAUAAAAACGGGCAGCUCUGAUUGGCUGUCGCUGCUGAGACAAUCUAACUGAUGUUUUGGGGAUUUUGUGAAGAUUGCAGUGGAAUAAGACAUAAUGGGCCUUUUAAAGGCUCACCGUUGAGGUCAUAGUUCACCAGUGGGGGAUGUUUUUCACACAUUUUGACUCUGAGGCUGGGGUUGUUUGCCUUUUGCAUGAAAGUGAUCAAUCUUUCAUGUUGCAUCUCUGGAAAUAAAUAAAAGUAUAAAUUCUCAUAAAA